CAGCGGGGGGGGCAUCCGCCGGUGGAGAGGAACUGGCCCUCGGUGGGGUGUGGGCCGGUUCGUCCUGGCUGAGGGUUCCUUGCUAAAGAAAAUGAUGCAAAAUGUGCAUCUGGCUCCUGAGGCUGAUGAAGAUGAUCUUUAUUCUGGCUACAAUGAUUAUAAUCCCACGUUUGACACAGAGGAUUUAGAAAAUGAUGUAGCUUUUCAACAGGCAGCAAGAACAAGUCAUGGUAGAAGACCCCCUGUGACAGCCAAAAUUCCUGGUACAUCAGCUUCAAGACCUUUAGCUACUGGAAUUGGUUCAAAGGCAACUUUAACUUCAUCUAUGGGAAGACCAAUGACAGGAGCUAUACAGGAUGGGGUUGCUCGACCAAUGACAGCAGUGCAUGCUGCAGGUUACACUAAGGCAGCUAUGAGAGGUUCUUCAUUUGAUCCUCUUGGCCAAGCAAGAGGUCCUGCUCCACCUCUGGAAAUGAAAAAUUCAGACAGUUCAGAAGAGAAGAUUAGGCAGUUGGAAAAAAAAGUGAAUGAACUGGUUGAAGAAAGCUGCAUUGCUAACAGUUGUGGAGACUUGAAAUUGGCUCUGGAAAAAGCAAAAGAGGCUGGAAGAAAGGAAAGAGUAUUGGUGAGACAACGUGAACAAAUUGCUACUGCAGAAAACAUCAACUUAGACCUCACUUACUCAGUUCUUUUCAAUCUGGCUGGUCAGUAUGCUGCUAAUGAAAUGUAUGCUGAAGCACUGAACACUUACCAAGUUAUAGUGAAGAAUAAGAUGUUCAGCAAUGGAGGUAGACUGAAGGUGAAUAUGGGAAAUAUAUACUUAAAACAACGGAACUAUUCCAAAGCUAUCAAAUUCUACCGUAUGGCUCUAGACCAGAUUCCUAGUGUCCACAAAGAGAUGAGGAUUAAAAUAAUGCAAAAUAUUGGAGUUGCAUUUAUUAAAACUGGCCAAUAUGUUGACGCUAUUUCUUCAUUUGAACAUAUAAUGAGCAUGUCCCCAAACCUCAAGGCAGGCUUCAACUUGAUCUUAUGUUAUUUUGCUAUUGGAAAUGGUGAGCAAAUGAAAAAAGCCUUUCAAAAACUGAUUGCAGUUCCCUUGGAAGUGGAUUAUGAUGACAAAUACAUUUCACCAAAUGAUGAUCCACAUACAAAUCUACUGAUUGAAGCCAUUAAAAAUGACAGCUUAAGACAAAUAGAACGUGAGAGAAAAUCCAUGGCAGAGGAAUACAUCAUGACAGCUGCUAAGCUCAUUGCACCAGUAAUUGAGACAUCUUUUGCAGUGGGCUAUGACUGGUGUGUUGAAGUAGUAAAAGCUUCCCACUAUGUAGAGUUAGCCAAUGACCUGGAAAUAAAUAAAGCCACUACUUACUUGAGGCAGCAGGAUUUUAACCAGGCACUGGAGACUUUAAAAAUGUUUGAAAAAAAGGAUAGCAGAGUAAAGAGUGCAGCUGCAACAAACCUUUCAUUCCUUUAUUAUUUGGAGAAUGAAUUGGCACAAGCGACUAACUAUGCAGAUUUAGCUGUAAAUUCUGAUAGGUACAAUCCAGCAGCUCUAACUAACAAAGGAAAUACUGUUUUUGCAAACGGAGACUAUGAAAAAGCAGCUGAGUUUUAUAAGGAAGCUCUCAGGAAUGAUUCCUCAUGCACUGAAGCACUUUAUAAUCUUGGUCUGACAUACAAGAAGUUAAACAGAAUAGAUGAAGCUUUGGAUUGUUUUCUGAAACUCCAUGCAAUCCUUCGAAAUAGUGCCCAAGUCCUUCACCAGAUAGCAAACAUAUAUGAGAUCAUGGAAGAUCCCAAUCAAGCCAUAGAGUGGCUCCUGCAGUUGAUCAGUGUAGUACCAACUGAUCCACAUGUACUUUCAAAGCUAGGGAAAUUAUAUGAUAAUGAAGGUGAUAAAUCCCAAGCUUUUCAUUAUUACUAUGAGUCAUACCGGUAUUUCCCUUCAAACAUUGAGGUCAUUGAAUGGCUUGGAGCCUAUUACAUUGACACCCAGUUUUGUGAAAAAGCCAUUGAGUACUUUGAAAGAGCAGCACUUAUCCUGAGACUUAUUCAGCUGAAACUAAAAAAGGUAAAGCAGCUGUCUUUCAUAAACUUGUUUGGCAGCUACCAGGCAAACAGAUUAUUUAAAGUUAAAAAUGGCCUGUGCUAUGACUGGAGGGAAAAACUGAAGAGAAUAAGUACAAAACUGUUCUGAAAAUGUUAGUGUACAGUGCCUUUGGGAUUUGCUACUGUUGAAUUGUAAGCAGCAUGUGAAAAGUGCUUUGGCUUAUAGAGCAUCCUUAUACUGUUGACAUGAAAAUUUCCUAAUUUUAACAUUAUCUUGAUAAGAAUGAGGUAAGAGUCCAACAGUUUUGUUGUACGUGCUCAAACAUCUCAAAUAUUUUCUUGUCCACAUCUAUCACCAUUGUGUGCUAAAAAGAGAAGGACAGGUAGCAGCUAGGGCAUGGAGGUGAUGACACAGAGAAGCCAGAGUUCAAAGCUGUAAGUGGGUUGUGUGCUUCCUGGCAGGGAUCCGUUGGGCGUGCUUCGGACCCUACUGGUGGGGACUUCCUCAGAAUACAGUUUAGCAUUUUGUUCUCCCCCAUUGCAUGGUUCUGUACCUCAGACAAAGAUUAGUGGUUCACAUGUCAGGUCUACUAGUUGUCUGGUGCACAGAAUCAUGAGCAGUAGAAAGCCUAUAACACAGGACUUACAAAUGAGUGCCAUCAAGGCCUGAACACGGGAGCAUGACGCAGGGGUAAACUGUGUGUGAACUGAGCAGGCUAAAUUCUUCCUAGGAAGGCAAUAUGCUAGGUGAAAAACUUUAAGAGUAGUUUAGUAGUAGGUCUUUACCAAUGCUAUGCAGAUUAUUUUGCUUAUUCACUGCUUGGCAGUGUGCAUAAU